UUCUGCUGCGAUGAGCGGACCUACUGGGCUCAUCCUCUGCGCCUAUAGCGCCAAUGCGACGAGUUGCGCCACCGACUACGUCCGGAACAGUCUCCAGACGCCGACGUGGGAGGUCAUUGUCGGCGGCAUCGGCAUGUUCCUCAUGGCAUUUGCGACCGGCGCCAACGACGUGGCCAAUACCAUGGGCAACCUCGUCGGUUGCAAGGUGCUACCCGUGCACCAAGCGCUCCUCAUCGGCGGUCUCGCGGACUUUCUCGGUGCCAUUUCGCUCGGAUACAGCUUCAAAGACUCGAUUUCUGUCAAAGUCGGCAAUCUCUUUACCGAGUCGGCGAACGGCCAGUGCUGGGCCAACGGCUACACCAACUCGCUCCAGUACGAGUACGCCAACGGCAUGUUUGCUGCGCUUUUCUCGGGCGCAGCCUUUGUCCUCGCCGCGACGGCCUUCAAGAUGCCUGUCUCGACGACGCACGCUGUCAUUUGCGGUGUCAUUGGCAUGACGCUCCUCAACGUCGGUGGCGACUGCUUCAACCUGAGCGUACAGAACGGCAUCUUUAGUAUCGUGCUCUCGUGGGUGCUCGGCCCGCUCUUCGCCGGCGUCAUGUCCGUCAUUGCGUACUCGUUCACGACCCGCUUCAUCCUCAACUCGUCGUCGCCGCGCUACCGCGCCCUUCUCUUCCUCCCGUGGUUCUACGCCCUCGGAGUCUUCUCGGUCGCGGUCAUCAUCUUUUCCAAGUCCCGGCUCCUCGCCGACCUCUCCAAGGCGCCGGCGUACCAAGACAACUUGACGUACAUCUCGGUCGGCGCCGGUGCCGUCCUCGGUGCGCUCGUCGCUGUCGUCGUGAGCAUCUUCCUCGUGCCGCACGUCCGCAACCUCUGCCCGUCGUUCGCCAAGGCGGCCGAGAUGCAAACCGACGCCAAGCUCCCGACGGUCUCACCCUUCGCGCCGUGCACGGAACUCGGAGUUCGCGAGUACACGGCGCUCAACUCGCUCCAAUUCGCCAACCUCUUGCAUCUCAAGGGCGGCGACGACUAUGUUUACGCACUCGGCGACGACCAAAUCAACGCGGUGGGCCGGACGUCGAUGGAGCUCAUUGCGGACGCGUACUGCCUCACAGACGAACAGAUUGACGCGCACUUCGCCAUGAAGUACGCGCUCCUCUUUGCCUCGAUCCUUGGCUCGUUCCUCCACGGCGCCUCGGACAUUGGCAACUCGACGAUCCCAAUGCAAGUCAUUUGGACCAUCUCCCACGACGCGUACUCGACGCUACCGAACGGCACGCUCGUGCCACGUCAGUACACGUCGUGGAAUGGUCCGUACUGGCUCUACCUCGUCGCGGGCCUCGGCGGCUUCCUCGGCAUCAACCUCUUUGGCGGCCGCGUCCUCGACACACUCGCGCGCGGGCUCACGAUCGUCAACGUCCACCGCGGCUUUUGCAUGGAGAUUGGCACGAUCGUGACGCUUGCUUUGGCGAACGUGCUGCAUCUGCCCGUCUCGUCGACGUACUGCGCGGUGAGCUCUGUCGUGUCGGUGAGUCUGGCGCACUAUGGCCGCGAGCAUUUUGAAGGCAGGAAAAUGGCGCUGAUCGGGCUUUCGUGGGUGCUCACACUGCCCGUGUCGAUGGGCCUCGCCGCCGGCAUCGCGGCCGCGUUGAACGCCGGCCUCAAGACGUAGGCGUCUCGUUGUG